CACAGGCAGGCAAGAGAGUCCCUCCGCAUCAGAGAACAAAAGGCGGGAUAAUCCUUAAUAUUCCGCUCUUCUCUCUCUGUCUCACACAUUAGAUUUUCAUCCUCAUCCGAAGAUCAUGAGUUCAUCACUGUGAACAAAAGAGAGUCAAGCCUAAAUCGUGGUGAAGAUCUGGGUGAUGCUUGGAGAAUUGCAGUAUCAGUUAAAGCAUGUGUACAAGGACGCCAAUGUGAUAGCUGUUUAUCUGGCCUCAUUUUACAGUUUACUGUGGGAGAUACACUGAUUUUUCAGUCAGUGGGAUUUUGCCAUUAUCUGGCAGAAUGCUUCUGCAAGGGUUUUCAAAUUGGACUGUGUACUGCAAGGAUGAGGAAAUUGGUGAGCUUUGAACACAGAGUUAGGAGUUGAACUGUGAGGAUCAGGAAAUGCAGCAGUUGUACAGGAGGUUUUUUAGCUGUUUUGUCUGAUACUUGGUAACAGAAUUCUGUGUAACACAGAAAAGAAUUUAUACCCUUUUUAUUAAUUAUUUAUUUUUAUGGUAUGAGUAUAAUAUCUUGGGUUUUAAGCAUUUUAUGGUUAGAGAAGAACCUCCGCCAUAUACAUCACCUGUCAUGCAAAGGUACGAGUCAUUUGAGAAUCCCUUAGCUGGGCCUGGUUCACGCAAUUUUAGAUCCCCCGAAGGGGAGCGGGUGCCUUCAAGUAAUGCACAGUUUGGAACAACGCUUUAUGACUUCAUUUGGGAAUUUGAAUUGGUAGAAGUAUGUUUAAAUAUUCUUGUUUGGUUGCCUGCAAGUGAGGCUGCCCUAUAUCAAGUGCAGUACUCUUCUUGGUGGGUGAGCUCAAGAAUCAUUUCCAAGGUUAACAUGCUGUCUUCUUUUCUGUUACACAGAAUUCUGUUUUAUACUGUAGCAGUUUUCUCUGAUGUUCGGUACCCUUCAAGUGUCUCUGGUGCAGAAAACAGACGAAGUGCAUCUUCUAUUGCGCGAGCAGGCUCUGGGCAAAUAUUAAGGUGGAGGAGAAGACAGCAAAAAUCGCAUUUGGGGUGGCACCAUUUCAAGGAAAUUGAUAUCCUCCAUUUGGCAGUAUGGGUCUCAACAAAGAAAAAGAUCUGGGUGAUGCUUGGAGAAUUGCAGUAUCAGUUAAAGCAUGUGUACAAGGACGCCAAUGUGAUAGCUUUUACUGUGGGAGAUACACUGAUUUUUCAGUCAGUGGGAUUUUGCCAUUAUCUGGCAGAAUGCUUCUGCAAGGGUUUUCAAAUUGGACUGUGUACUGCAAGGAUGAGGAAAUUGCAUUUUAUGGUUAGAGAAGAACCUCCGCCAUAUACAUCACCUGUCAUGCAAAGGUACGAGUCAUUUGAGAAUCCCUUAGCUGGGCCUGGUUCACGCAAUUUUAGAUCCCCCGAAGGGGAGCGGGUGCCUUCAAGUAAUGCACAGUUUGGAACAACGCUUUAUGACUUCAUUUGGGAAUUUGAAUUGGUAGAAGUAUGUUUGGAUAUUCUUGUUUGGUUGCCUGCAAGUGAGGCUGCCCUAUAUCAAGUGCAGUGCUCUUCUUGGUGGGUGAGCUCAAGAAUCAUUUCCAAGGUUAACAUGCUGUCUUCUUUUCUGUUACACAGAAUNAAGUGA